UCGCUCCCACCCCGCCCCACCCCCACCCUCCGAAAGCAACAGCCGGCGCGAGCCAGGUAGACACAGGCAGGCAGCCAGCCAGCGCGAGACCGGGAGCGGGGGACCAUGUCCUCCAACGUGGCGGCCAUGAAGAAAGUGGUGCAGCAGCUGCGCCUCGAGGCCAGCGUCAGCCGCGUGAAGGUUUCACAAGCUGCAGCUGAUUUGAAGCAGUUUUGUCUGCAGAAUGCACAUCACGAUCCUUUAUUAACAGGGGUAUCUUCAAGUACAAAUCCAUUUAGACCACAGAAAGUCUGCUCAUUUCUCUGACUUUGUGAAAUGUAUGGCUACUUUUCAUGACUUUCUUACAACUUUCCCUAACUAUCUACUCAUAUGUCGAAGCAAAGCGAGGCGACUGGGGACAUGUACUGAAAAUUUGCAUCAUUGUGCCAAUUUAGAUCUAGGAAUACUUUUACUGUUAUCAAACUCUUACAAUCUACCUCUCUAAACAAACUGUAUGCUUGCUACAAUAAUUCUUUAUCAUGAGGGAAUUGAUUUUAUAUACAAACAAUAAAGAUUGCCUUAAUAA